AUGGGGAUUGAAGCUCUAAAAAUAUCAGUUAUCCUGCUAAGAUGUUCAAGCAUUGUGGAGGGUGUUGUGUCUCAGUUUCAAAGAGUGGUUAAAAGUUUCCAAAUUGAUGAUGACCAAAAUACUAGUGAUGAAGGAGAAAAGAUUUCACUGCUACUACACGAUUUCAGAACAAUUCACUUCAUUUGCGUCUUUAUAAAGCAAAAAUCAAGCUCAUGUAAGCUGAACCCGCUUAACCUUUGUUACUGCAUAGAUAUCACCGGCAAUGGGUUGUGUCAGGCAGUGAAAAGGCUACCACAAUUGGAGAAACUUCACCUUUCUUACAUCUCCAUCGACCAAUAUGACAUUAAUUUUAAUGGACAAAAUUGCCCUCAGCUCAAGUCCUUGAUCAUUUUGUCCGAAGACUUCAGACAGUCAGUCAUAGCAAAUGACGAUGAUGCCCUUGCCAUUGCAGACUACAUGCCCGACUUGCGCCAUUUGAAACUGUCGGAAAAUUGGAUGACAAAUGAUGUACUCCAGGCUAUCAUCAAUGGAUGCCCUCACCUUGAAUCCCUCGACAUUGGUGACUGUUAUAACCUUAAUCUUGACAGGAAUUUUUUAAAAGAGUGCAUGAAACAGAUCAAAGAUUUUAAGUAUGAGGUACGUUCUUUUGUUGAUUAUGGUUUUCGUUACUCUGAUAACGAUUUUGAUUACUACGAUAGCGAUUUUUAUAAGAGUGAUUAG